AUGAGAUGGGUCCUCUGGAGCUGGGACAGUCCCACCAUCACCCUCACCUUGUGCCCACCCUGGAGCUGAUACCAUCACCGCCACGUCGCGCCCACCCUGGUGCGCUGUGUGGGCUGAGCACCAUCACCCAUGGGGAGAGACAGAAGCCCCAGCUCCGGGAGCAUCCUGAGCGCUCCCGGCCGCGGCCGGAGCCCACCGCGCGUCUGGAGCCCCACAGCCGCUGGAGCCAGGUAGCCGGAAAGUUUUAUUCGUCACCGGCUGCUGGAAAGGUCACGGCAUCCUCCUCUCCCUUCUAUUUCUGGCCCGUGCCCUUUCGCCGUCAGACGGGAAGCGCUCCCGUGCUCUGGACCCCGGACACGCCGUCUCGGUGCGGCCGCGUCCCCGGCGCCUGGUCCCGGGGGCCGUGGGAGCGCUACGGGCAGGAUGCUCCGUGCCUGCCCACGCCGCCUGGGCUCUGCAGGGACCAGAGAAAGCGCUGCAGGGCGGGGGAGCCGUGUGCCGUCGGCUUCACGGGAAACAACGGGAAUUUGCGGGUGCUGCAGGAAUCACCGGGCUCCGGAGCCGGAGGAGGUGAUACCCAAACAUUCAGUCUCCUCAACCUGGCCUGUGUUUUUGAUGCUUUUCCAAUAAUACCUUUUGAGAUCCUCCACCACAAAUUUACCAUUGGCACAAAAAAACUUGGAACUGUUGUACCAACUCUGGGGAGCUGCCUACUAAAUUAUGCAUGA